AUGAAGAGACAGAACAGAAGAGCAUUAGGUGUAAUUAAUCAGAAUCUCGUUAGUGCAAAAGCUUAUCCUUGUGUUGUUGUUAACAAGAGAAGAGGCUUGUCUGAGCGACAAGAAGAAGGAUGUGAGAAGAAGAAACAUGAUUCGUUACAUUCGUCAAUUUCAAGAUCUCAAGAAGAGAUUAAGAAGCUAAAACCAUCGAUUCAGAGUGGAAACGAGUUUGGUGAUUGUAUAUUCAUUGAUGAUGAAGCUACAUUGGACCAUCCUAUGCCUAUGUUAUUAGAGGAACCAUACAUUGAAUCUGAUCCAAUGGAGGAAGAAGUUGAGAUGGAGGAUAUAAUAGUGGAAGAAGAAGGAAAGGAACUGAUUUUGGAUAUCGACGGAUACGAUGCAAAUAACUCUCUCGCGGUUGUUGAAUAUGUCGAAGAUCUAUACGAAUUCUAUCGUAAAAUCGAGAGAUUUAGUUGUGUUCCACAAGAUUACAUGUCCCAACAGUUUGAUAUAACCGACAAAAUGAGAGCAAUACUUAUCGAUUGGCUCAUCGAGGUACAUGACAAAUUUGAGCUAAUGAAUGAGACAUUGUUUCUAACAGUGAAUCUGAUAGAUAGAUUCUUAUCAAAGCAAGCUGUUGUAAGAAAAAAGCUUCAGCUUGUUGGUUUAGUUGCAUUGCUCCUAGCUUGCAAGUACGAAGAGAUUUCGGUACCAAUUGUCCAAGAUUUAGUUGUCAUUUCGGACAAAGCUUAUACGAAGAACGAUGUUUUAGAAAUGGAGAAGAUUAUGCUUGAUACAUUGCAAUUCAAUGUAUCGUUACCGACGCAAUACCCUUUCUUGAAAAGAUUCCUAAAGGCAGCUCAAUCAGAAAAGAAGCUUGAGAAUUUGGCGUCUUUCUUGAUCGAACUUGCUCUAGUAGACUACGAAAUGCUUCGAUAUCCGCCAUCGUUACUAGCUGCCACAGCGGUGUACACAGCUCAAUGUACAAUCCAUGGCUUCAGUGAAUGGAACAGCACUUGUGAAUUCCACAGUCACUACUCAGAAAACCAACUCCUAGAAUGUUGUAGAAGAAUGGUGAGUUUGCAUCACAAGGCUGCGACUGAUAAACUAACAGGAGUACAUAGAAAAUACAGCUCCUCUAAAUUCGGAUACAUAGCCAAAAAAUAUGAAGCUGCACACUUUCUUGUGUCAGAUUCUCAAAAGCUAUAA